AUGGGUGUCUCUGGUUUGCUGCCUCUUCUCAAGUCGAUCCAACGCCCCACCGAGUUGAAAUUGCUCCAUGGCGAAACUCUUGGGGUCGACGCCUACGGAUGGCUACACAGGGCUGCCUUUUCCUGCGCAGGCGAGCUGGGCCAGGGCAAGCCCACCCGCAAAUAUAUCACUGCCUUUUUGCACCGCGUGAAAAUGCUCCGCCACUUCGGCAUCAUGCCCUACAUCGUCUUCGACGGUGACUUCCUCCCCAGCAAGGCCGCCACCGAGGAGUCUCGAGCCAAGAAACGCGACGAAAAGAGGAAGCUGGCCAACGAGCUCAUCAAGGCUGGUAAGCCUUCCCAAGCCAUCCAGGAGUUCCAGAAAUGCAUCGACGUCACCCCUCAGAUGGCCUGCAACCUCAUCCACCACCUGGACGAGAUGGACGUUCCAUACGUCGUUGCCCCCUACGAGGCAGAUGCCCAGCUCGUCUAUCUAGAACGCCAAGGCUUCGUCAGCGGGAUACUGUCAGACGACUCGGACCUGCUCGUCUUUGGCGCCAAGCGACUCUUCACCAAGCUCGAUCAGUACGGCAACUGCAUCGAGAUCAACCGACGCGACUUCGGCGCCUGCCGCGAAGUUUCACUGACGGGGUGGACGGAUGCUGACUUCAGGCGGAUGGCCAUCAUGAGCGGGUGCGACUACCUAGGCGGCCUGCCCGGUGUUGGCUUGAAGACGGCCUACCGCAUGCUUCGAAAAUGCAAGACCCCCGAGCGCGUCGUUCGCAUGUUGCAGUUCGAGGGCAAGCGCAUCUCGGAGAACUACCUGACUUUGUUCUACCAGGCAGAGCUGACGUUUCUGCAUCAAUGGGUCUUCUGCCCCACGAAGAAGGAGCUGGUUCAUCUCACGGAGCUAGAUGGGUCAAGAACCGCAGAAGAGAUGCCCUUUAUAGGCGCCCACGUGGAGCCGGACCUUGCCAGGGCCAUUUCGAGAGGGCACGUCGACCCCAUCUCCAAGGAACCGGUCAUCGUCCAGACGACACCUUCUAAGAGGAGGCACUCUCAGACCGCGGCUCCCAGCACACUGCAACCACCUCCCAAGCCCAUCGGCUCCUACUUCAAGGGUUGCAAUCGGAUUCCCAUGGGCGAAAUGGAUGCCAACUGCUUCUCGGUCGAUCCCCAAAAGGUUGCGCAGAUUACUGAACGGGGACUGGCGGACGAGCUCAGACCCGACUCGAACCUCACCUCGUCUUCAACGGCGGGAUACGGAGCCUGCCUCGAACACGCACUCCCAAACUGA